AUUAGAAGUACAACAAUGCGUCGGUACUGGGUGGUGUAUUUUUUGUGUCUGUUGGUCGGUUGCCGCGCGGAACCCGUGGAGGAAGCGGCGAUGGUGACCGACGUCAUCCACGCGAUGGAGCGGCCGUCGUCGGUCAUAGCCACGCUUUGCUGGUCUCUCAAGAAGAAAGUCCGCCUCUACUCGUCACUCGCCGGUGAGAACGUGACUCACAUCAACAUGAUGCAGUUCCUGCGCCCAGACCUCACUCCGGAGCGGCACGACCGCGACCAGCAGGUGGUCUUCCUCGUCGACAUGACCUGCCCUAACAUCACGCAGUACUUGGAAAUGAGUGCCAAGGAGCAACACUUCAGAUCCCCGUUCCGCUGGCUACUGCUCACCAAGUCCGAGGCAGCUGAUGGUUCAGACGACGAGAGCAUCAUCCCCGCGGCUAUACGAAAUAUUGAUGUCCUGUUAGACUCGGAAGUCGUGUUGGCUAUAGAUCUGGGGAACCACACUUAUGUUGCGCAUUUGAUUUACAGAAUAAGCGCUGGCUCGGAGUGGCGCACCGAACACUACGGUUCCUGGGACCCGAAAAACAAGUUUCAGAAGGGACACCUGAUAGAUUCAGCAGCCAGAAGGAGAGCCAAUUUGGAAGGUUACGUCAUAUCCGUAUGCUACGUACUCACCGAUGCUGAUAGUGUGAAUCAUUUGAUGGACGGAAUAGACGACCACAUCGACACAAUAACCAAGGUGAACUUCCCGACUACUAACCAUCUACUGGACUUCCUUCACGCGGGGCGCCGCCUCGUGUUCACUGACACCUGGGGGUACCGGGUCAACGGCAGCUGGAACGGAAUGACCGGGUAUCUGGUGCGCAGGGAGGUGGAGAUUGGAGGAUCGCCUAUGUUCUUCACAUCAGAGCGCGCAUCCCUCGUGGACUACGUGUCUAGCCCGACGCCCACGCGCUCCAAGUUCGUGUUCCAGCAGCCCAAACUGUCGUAUGAGAACAACCUGUUCCUGCUCUCCUUCAGAACGACGGUGUGGUACAGCUCCAUAGCGCUGAUCUUCCUGCUGUACCUGGCGCUGCUCGCCGUCGCCUUCUGGGAGUGGAAGAAGAACGCACACCAAUACAAACAGAGAGAGGAAAACGCGAGCAUCUUGAGAGCUAAAGUUAGUGACGUCGUGUUGCUAGUGUUCGGAGCCACUUGCCAACAAGGAAGCUAUGUAGAGCUGAAGGGAUCGCUAGGCCGGGUGGUGAUGCUGGUUCUCUUCCUAGCCCUAAUGUUCCUCUACACUUCCUACUCUGCGAACAUAGUGGCUCUGCUGCAGUCAAGUUCCUCCCAAAUACGCACCCUGGAGGACUUACUGCACUCGCGAAUUAAGUUUGGCGUUCAUGACACUGUUUAUAGUCGGUACUAUUUCUCGACCGCAACAGAGCCAGUAAGGAAAGCCAUUUAUCUGAAGAAAGUAGCUCCCCCAGGACAACCGCCACGGUAUAUGUCUUUAGAAGAAGGCGUUAAGAAUAUGCAAAAGGGGUUAUUCGCAUUCCACAUGGAAACCGGCGUCGGAUACAAGUUCGUCGGCAAAUAUUUUCAGGAAGGUGAAAAAUGCGGACUGAAAGAGAUACAGUACCUGCAAGUCAUCGACCCCUGGCUGGCCGUCCGCAGAAACACUCCUUUCAAAGAAAUGUUUAAAAUUGGGCUGAAGCGCAUCCAAGAACACGGAUUGCAGAAUCGGGAAAACCUCUUGUUCUACGAAAAGAAGCCUAAAUGCUCGGGAAGAGGGGCCAUUUUCAUUUCAGUCAGCAUGGUGGACUGUUAUCCUGCAUUGCUGAUAUUUGCCUACGGUUGUAUCGUUUCUGUGGCUAUGCUUCUUCUAGAGUUGAUGUAUAAGAAACGACAAGACAUGAAGAUUAGUACUCAAGAGUAUUAUGUGAAUUAAGUAGUUAAUUCCUGCAUAUAAUGCAUGCUUAGAUAAUUCAUAGCCCCAGAUGUAAGUAGGUUAGUUUACACUUACGGGCACAGUUGCUUAAAAAACAUUUAUUUUCUUAUUUAUUCUAACGGCGC